UUAGUGUUGCUUCGACCACCUGAACUUUAAAGAUCUCAGAUGUCCGAUUUGACCCCAAACGCGGCACGACUUCUCCGCGUGUGCUGGGUUCAGAGUGCGCGUUUCCUCGUAAAUAGCUUUAUUUCCGACGGCACGUGAAGGCACCACAAGUCCAUCCUCCCCAUCAGCGUCCCCCCGGUCAACAGCUCGUAUUCCCGGGUGAACUCCUCCGACUCUUCGCAGGUCGAGCAGCCGGACAUGGAUGCCCUGAAGUCGGCCGGGAGAGCGAUCGUCCGGAGCCCGAGUGCCGCGAAGCAGUCCUGGACCUCCGGCAGACACCGAAAGCUCCCGGAGAACUGGACCGACACGCGGGAGGCCGUCGUCGAGGGCGUGACCUUUAACCUCCGGCGCCUCGGCAUGACGCUCGUGGACCAGCCCAAGGGAGAGGAGCUGUCGGCCGCCGCCGUGAAGAGGAUCGUCGCCACGACCAAAGCCGGUGGCAAGAAGCCUCAGAAAGUCGCCCUCACGGUUUCCCCUCGGGGCGUCGUCCUGCACGACGGCGGCGGCGGCCAGCUCCUGGAGGACGUCUCCAUCUACAGAAUCUCGUACUGCACGGUGGACAAGCUGCACGACAAAGUGUUCGCCUACAUCGCCCAGACCCCCGUCAACGGGACCCUGGAGUGCCACGCCUACCUCUGCCCCAAGAGGAAAGUGGCUCAGGCGGUGGCGCUGACGGUCGCCCAGGCCUUCUCGGUGGCGUUUGAACUCUGGCAGGUGGCCAAAGAAGAGAAGGGGAAGCGGGCGAAGUCCGGCUCGGCCGGAGAGGCCAGCAGCAGCUCGGAGAGCUCCGACAGCGUGGGGAGCCUGAAGGGGACAGACGUCGCCACGGACAACCUGCUGGACUUUGAGGACGCCGGCGACGCCGUGGCGUCGGCCAAUGAGAACGGAGCAGAGGAUCAGCUGGACAACCAGCGGCCCCCAGGGGCCAACAGCAACCCGGCCUGCGAGACAGAAGAUGGUUUGGAUGAAGCCUUCUCCAGCCGCGCUCUGGAGAGCUCAGGGUCGCGUCCAGGUAACGUAGCGUCUGGCCGUCAGCUGCUCCGAGCCUUAUGUAGCGUAGUAGUCUCAUCACUAACCUGAACACAACAACAACAACAACAACGGGUAGCUUCCCGUGUCCUUUAAUCGUGGACUCUGAAAAGAAAGCUGAUUUCAAAGUAGCACCGUCUCCUCCCGCCUCGUAUCGCGCCUCCUGAUCCCCUCUUCACCCGUCUGUCUCUCGGUGGCCUGAACCAGUGGGAGUGCCGGAGGGGCGUUGACGAACCUCUCGGUCGGCUCUGGUCUGGACGAGAGGAGAAAGUAGAACACAGAAUCCGUCCUGCUCUUGUGUGGGUUUUAAAAUGCUCCUCAAGGAGCGCUCUGGCAGCCGCCGCCUCGUCACCGCAACGCCUUUCAAUCCUUCUGACUCCGGCAACAGUUCGCGAGUCGGAAACGUCGUAGGACUCAGAGUGGAAGUCGUGCUGUGAGAAGUUUUUUCUAUUUAUUAUUAUUUUAGGGUCGAGUGCAAAUAGCAUUGCUCGCUUCUGACACCUGGAUGCUAAUCGCAUCUUCUCCU